AAACAAAAACUACAGUUGGUACCGAUAGAAAAUGGAAUCUCUGAUAUUGUUGUGAAAGAAGACAAUUAAGUGAUGUUACCUUUACGUUUCUUCAUAUACGUAUUCAUUGAGAGACCCCCCAAGAGCUCAUAUUUGCUAUAUCUUCCACUUCGUAGUCUUACAUAAUAAAAGAACAGUUGCACUGUUCUGCAUGUGUAUACAUAGCUAACUUUUUAGGCUAACAGUUAUUACGUGUCUACAAUCGCACCUUCGAGAGGUGCAUUCGUUCAUAAAUAUUUGUAUCUUUCGCAUAGUCUCUUUGCUCAUUCUUCUUUUUAUGUCCAAUAGAAGUAACCCGCGAAGUACGAAACAUUCGACAAAUAACAUUUGGACCGUUUGAUCGUCAUUGCUACAAAUAUUCUCAAAUGCCUGUAAAAUCACUUUCAAUGAAGCCCGAAGAAGAAAAUGGAAGCAGAGUAGUGGUUUUUGCAUCAGUGCCGAAACCUAGCGACCUUUGUUGCAUAGUUGCGAAGGUCAACGUUUCGGAAAAGCGCGAUAGUUCCGCGAAAUCAGACUAUCAGUGGCAGAUCCUGAAGUGCAGGCAACUUAUAUUUUCAGUACCUGAAAUAAUUGCCUCUCCUGUACUUGGUUCACAAGGCUGGAUUUAUGUUAUUACAACCAAAGGAAAUAAAGCAGCAGGCAGACUUGAUAUUCACCUACAGAAGUUUGGAUUAAUUGAACAAGGACCCAUCCAUCUUUCAAAUUCUAUAUACGAAGCAUGUCUUCGGUAUACUCUUGUUGCUCACAUAGCUCCUCUCUGGAAUCAAGUUGACACUUAUUUAGUACAAGGAAGAGAUUUUCUGCUGAGCACUUGUCCUUUGAAUGCUGUAAAAUUAGAAGUUGCAGUUAAAGAUGAAGAGGUUCUCCUUGUAAUUUGGCCAUUAAGGAUGAAGUUACCUCAUUUGAAACUAGAGGAAAUGGAAAUAAUACCAUCAAUCUGUCAGGACUUUUUUUCCCAUAAAAUUUCAGUAAUAUCUGAAAUGUCUAUAAUACCGCAGUGGGUUCAUGUUUUGCCAAGUAUGAAGAAAGGAAAAGUUGUCUCUGUAUCACACCACUUACCUGAAAGUUCUCCAUUCAAAACUUACAAAGAGUUGAGAAGACAUUGGAAAAAUUUGUAUGGUUACCGGUUGCCAGAAAGUGAUGAAAAUUUGAUUUAUUACAACGUCUUCUUUUUGCCUUUGGCACCAAAUCAGUACUCAUAUCCAAAUAUCUGCAUCUGCCAUAUGAAUGCUAUGGUGUUGAAACAAGUAAAUUUUGAGGCUGUAUUAAAAGAAUUUCUCAGAGAUGUGAACAAGAAAAUGCCUUCCGUAUGUGGUCAGUCAUUCAUUCUUAGUUGCCGUCUGGGAUAUGCUAUACCAAAACCUAUGGCAUUAAAUCAGAAUUUGGUUUUACCAAAUCUGUCUUCCUCUUCACGGGUCCAGCACAAAGAUCUCCAACCCAUUAGCCCUGCUUUCCUUAAAAUGACACCAGUAUGCAGUUUAGAGCCAGAAUGUACCAAAAUGAACUCAUCAGAGAGUAAAGGAAAAAUACAGUUGCCCCAAGCGAAAGGCUCACCAAGUGGAAGUAGAUGUGUAAGCCUUAUGAGUUCCUCAGAACAUGCACCGACACCUGCUGGUGUGUGUCCUGUUUUACAGUGUGACCUAAGCAACCCAACAGUUGCUGACAGUGCACCUGAUUUUCAAAUACAAGCUGCAGUUAAUGAGAAGUGUGCUGAAAUUGGCAAAACCAAUCAGAUUAAGUAUGUUCCUAUAUUCAAGAAGCGUGUUUGUGUACCCUACAGAAGAACUCUGGAAGGACAACAUGAAUCAGCAAAGAAUGAUAUUAAUAACAGCUCUAGUAAAUAUGCAGAAAAAUGUGAUCAGCUAACAGGACAAAGCACUACAGAGAAACAUUCUACUUCUCUGUCACAGUUACUGAUGCAAACCCAUGAGUCUUCGUCUCCUGCUACACUUCAAGUUCCUGUUCCGAGUGGUCAACUCCAAGUAAAAUUCAUUGCACAUACCUUACAGAAUCCACUGCUAAAUAGCGUCCCAAGUUUAAAGAGAAGUGUUCAAACGUCAUCACCUUCAUCAGCGGUUCCAACAAGUAAGAAGCCUCGUCCACGCCCCCAAGUGCAGAAUGAUGUGGAUGUUGAGAUAUUGGCACGCAACAAUGACUUAGUGAAAGUCAACACUGUGACAUUAGUCAGCUGGCUUCGACAGAAAAAUGUACCCUGCAAAGUAAAAGACAAGAAAGGGGACCUAGUAGAAAAAGUGAUGAAUUAUCUUAACAGUCAGAAAAACGAUAGUCAUUAAUGCUUUGCACAGUAACAAUUCUGAUGAAGUCCUUCAGUGAUAUUUUACAAAGUUUUAUUUGUUCAAAUAGGAUUUUACUACUAUUUCUCAUUUUAUAGUGCACAGUUUUAAAAUACAGACAGUCCUAAAAGUGUGUGGAAAUACAAUGUCAGACGAAAAGUUUUUAUUGUGAAAAAUAAUGAAAGUCUUUACCACAACUUCAGUAUAACAUUUGAUCGUAUACAUGAUAAUGUGGUAAUCAUUGCACAACAAAUAUCUUAUCAUAAUUUCCUGUGUGAGAUCAGUGUGAAAAUGCAAUAAGCCUUUUUAAAAUAUUCAGUCAGCUAACUACAGUUUUUCAUGCCAAUUUCGUGGUAUAACAAUUUUUCCCCAAAAAAAGAUCAUUUCUGCAGAGCCAUAUUUUUUCUCAUGUACAAAGAUGUUGUUUUGACUAUCAUGGUUAGAUCAAGCUGUCAAUGAAAAGUUCAGUUCUUAAUUGUAAACAGUAAAUAUGUAAUCUUUCUAACAGAGAAUAAACUGCAUUUAUCAAUGAAAUUGUAAA